UUUCGAGGGAUAGAAAUAUAUACCUUCAUAAAAAUCAUAAAAAUUAAAAAUAAUUAAAAUUAUUAUAUAUUUAUUAUUAAAUUAUAUAAUUAUACUUUGAUUUUUAAAAAUAAGUAUUUUGGUAUAAUUUUGGUUAAUUUGAUAUAAAUAUUAAUCAAAAUAUAUUUAUAUAUUAUAUUUCAAAUAUUAUUUCUUUUCAUUAAUUACGUAUACUAUUAAUCAUUAUAAAUUUAUUUUACUGUUUUUACAUUGUUUAGUAACAAAUAUAUAUUAAAUUUAAUUUAUUUUCUAUAUUUAUAUUUAUUUACUACUUAUUGCUGCCUAUUUAAAAAUGGCUCGUGACAUAUUUGUCCUGUGAGGUUAUUUUAAAUAAUAUAUAUAUAAAAAAAAAAUAGGAAAUAAUUCUUAAUAAAAUAAAUAAUACAAACAUUUAUACAAUGAAUAAUAGAAAUAUUUAUUUAUUACCAAAACUUAACUCUGCUUUUAUUGAAGAAAAUUGGAAUGAAUUAUUAAAUCUUCUUAAUCCGAAAAUAUUUAGAAUUUCUGAAUCAGAGGAAUUAAUUGCUUUUUCAAUCUUAGCAAAAGUAGCAGAAAUUCUUACAACUGAAAAUCCUGUUAUUCCAAAUAAUAUAAAAAUUGUUUGUUUAAAAUGUUUAGGAAAUUCUUGUGUCAACAGUUAUAUACAUAAAGAAUAUAUUUCAAUUGAUAUUGAACGUGGAACGUAUAGUCAUAAAUUAUAUUCUAUUUUAGCAAAUAAUGAAAAUAUUAAAGAAAUGAAAAUAUCUAAUUCUUAUCCAUUCAAUUCUCAUUUUCCUUAUGAAGGUGUCAUAGAUUGGACAUCAAACUUUAUUACAUCGCAUAUGUUGGAUAAUGAUUUGGUAGAUGAAAAAUUAGAAAUUUUAAGAUUAUGUAUUCAAUUUCUUUGUAAUCUAUUUACAUUUGCAUCUAUAAAAAAUAGCGAUCAUCUAGAUCAAUAUAAUAUACCAAAAUAUUUAUAUGAUACUAAUUUAAAGGAUAUAAUAAUAAAUAUAACAAAUUGUGAACAUAUGUCACUUGUUAAAGCUUCAUGUGCAUUUAUACAUAAUGCUUUAAAAAAAUAUGAAGGAAAUACUUUUUUAGAAAGAGAAAAAAAACAUUUGUGUUCACAAUUGUUAAAACCAAUUAAACAAGAUUUUGAAAGUGCAAAAGAAGCUCUUAUGCUUUUAUUACUUGAAAGAAAUAUAUUAGAAAAUAUAUAUAAUGAUAUGACUAUUGAAAAUAAAUUAUAUUUAUUAGAAAUCAUUUGUAAUGAACUUUCAAAUUCAAUACAUAAAUUUAAAAGCGAAUAUAUAUUUACAAAGGAUACAAUUGAAUUUUUGAUUGAAAGAUUUUGUAAAAGAAGUGAUUUAAUUUUAAAAACAGUGGACAUAUAUUUAGAUGAAAUGGAACCUAUAGAAAUUGUUAUUCUUCUUGAUAUUAUUGGAAUCUUGACAUCAAAAUUUUGUGAAGAAUAUAAUUUUCUGAAUAAUUAUAAAAAUUUACUUAUUAAUUGUACUUAUUUAUUAAAAUCUAUUCAAAUGAUUGGAAAACAAUCAGAUAAUCAUUUUACACCAUUACAAAAAUUAAGUGAUGUAACUUUAGCAAUGAAAUUAACAAAUAAUAAUUCAGAAGCAUUUUCAAAUAGUAUAGAAUUUAAAGAAAAUAGAAGUAAAUUGAAUUCAACGAAAAACGAUUUUCAGAAUCAUCCCACAUUUGGUUUUAAAGCUGGUUUAAUAAGGAUUAUUGGAAAUAUAUCAUAUAAAAAUAAGGAAUAUCAAGAUCUUCUUCGUGAAAUGGACGUUAUUCCCUUGCUUCUGGAUUGCUGUAAUAUAGACGCGAGAAAUCCACUUAUAAUGCAAUGGACGAUCCUCGCAUUGCGGAAUUUAUGUGAGGAUAAUCCUUCGAAUCAAGAGAUCAUCCGAAAUAGCAGUAGAAUCGGCGUUGUGGAGAAUAGUGUGCUACAAGAAAUGGGUGUCACGCUGCACGAGGAUGAGGAAGGAAAAAAGAUCGGAAUCGUGCCUUUACCGCGUGAAUGAAAACGUUAUUGAAUUUAUUAUUUAUUAAAUUUUCAAUCAAUAUAUUUAAUUAAUUAAAUUUAUUAUUUUAAAUUGAAGUUUUUUAACAAAAAUUUUUAUCGUUCACAUAGAUUGGAAUGAAAAAGAGAAUUGAACGAAUUGAGAUAAUGAAAAAUUAAUGAUUCUGAUAUUUUUGGAUAUAAGGUAAAGAAUGUACAGUAAUAAUAAUUAAUAUUUGCUCUAUUUUUUUAUAUUUUUAGAUCAAUUUUCUUCGAUUUGUUUUUUUUUAUUUUGAUGAAAUUACAAUUAUACAUAAAACCAAUCAAUUAUACAUAAAAAUUCAAACAGAUAAUAUAAAAUAAUAAAAUGAAAAAUGUAACAGCUAUAAAAUUCAUUUAUUUACGUAUAAUUUUGAAUUAAAGGAAUAGCGGUUUCUUUGGCGAGACGAUCGUUUUCUCAUGAACUCGGUCGGUCAUCAGAUGCAUAAUCACAGUGCUCAUGUUAAUUAUAUUAGUAUUCACUAGCAUAUAUAUCGAUACUUCUCCGGAUAAGGUAUCGGUGAUCUCUUUAUCGGGAGUUAGACCGCAAUAAUUAUUCGAGAGUUAGACCGAUUGCAAACGUAUCUCUCGUGGCGUGUGUUGACUGUAAAAUAAGCCUACAAUUAUAGUACAUGAUAGGUACCAUUACAUGAAAUAUGAUAUCAUAUUGCGUAAAGAGACAUUAUAUCUGCAUUCGCGGCCAACUGAUUUACGAUACAAUAAAAGCUGCUACGGGUUCACGGUCUAUUAGCAGUUACUAAUGCAGUUAUACAACUGUACUUUCGCAUCUGUCAUGUGAAUUUGUUUUCAAACAUCUACUUGACAUCGUCUCUAUCAUUACUAUUAUUUUUCUAAGAAAAAACGAAUUGUUUUGAUCUCUUUAAAGAUUUAAAUCGAAUUAUUGCGAUUUUCCUUUAAGAUUUCUUGUUCUCUAAAUAUUGAUUUGAAUUAAUUAAAAAUAAAUUAAUUUUUGUCCUCUCGCUGUUAUAAAUUUAAAACAUAUAUUUUUUUUAAAUCUUUAACGUUAUUUAUUUCUUUCUAUUUCUAAUUCUUAAUAUCUCGAUUAACGCAUUUUCUUUUUCUAUAUAGAUCUAGAAUAGAGAUCAUUAGUUACAAAUUGUUUACUUAAUAUAUCAUCACUUCAUGCGUAAAUUAAUAAAAUUUGUAUCAUUUAAAGUACCUAAAAAAAUAUCAAUAGAAGAUAAAGUUUUAAAAAUUACAAAUAAAAAUUAUUAUUACUCAAUAGGUAAAUUAUAAUUAUAAUAUAUUAUACGUAUUAUAGAUAUAUUAAAAUUGUUAAUAUAUUAUACAAUAUUUAUAUCGCAUAAUAAUCAUUUCUUCUUUUAAUCAAUAGUGGCGGUAAUUUUGAAUUUCUCUUUUGCCACCAACGUUGUUUCGACAACUAGAUCCAUAUUUUCUCAGGUUUGAAUAGAAAUCGACAGGUAAUUACAUUGAUAUCGCGAUAGAAAUUCGUUUAACGUGAGUCACGGUUUAUGUAAAUGUUUUAUAAAAUAUAAUGAUACGUUUCUAUCAAUACGCGAACAUGAUUCACGAUCUAAUCGAGUCUAACCAACUGUUCGUUGAUUUAUGGUCUAUUGUGCGUAAAGAAUUACAUCUCGUUCAUACAUUUUCUUAUUUUAUUAUUAUUCAUUAUCAAAUUACCUUACAUUUGUUAUUUAAUUUUUAUUUAAUCGUCAUUUAAUUCGGGUAAUCCAUUCAAUGAAUGGAACGUAAAAAAAAAAGAAAACAAAUCGUAUUAUAAUCGAAAAUUAUAAUGUAAAAAAAUUAUAAAUUUCGAAUAAGAAAUCUUUUGUUGUGAGAAUCUUUGUUGUUAGAAUGUGAUACUUAUAUUGAAAUAAAAGAAUUACAAUUUUUCUAA